UGUGGGUCCCACUGAUGCUGUCGGACUAUGCGACCGGCACCCGAAGCCCCUUGUCUUUUAUUCCCGCAGACACGCGUAUCACGAUGAGCGCUCACAUUCAGAUACUCCCGCGAACGUAGAUCCAUGUUGCAAUGUCCUCCGUAUUCUAAGAAUUUGAAGCUCCGGAUCAGAUAUUUCAGAGCUUUAUAAGAGGUCUGCUCUACAUAUCAAAGUCGUAACAUGACACCGUCCACGCCAUGCUCAGCUCCUUUCGUCGGAAGACAUAGUCUGUCGUAUACGACAGUACCUCAUGCCUCGUGUACCUAUACACGCUCACGUGAGACGUCCUCUCGGAGCGCUUCGUCGGACAAUUGGAAGUCAAGUCUCGUUUUGCCUCCCAUCGUUUCGUCGACUCCGGAUGAAUCUUCUACCGCUCGGAGGCCUGAAGAGUAUGCUCGGGCAGUACGCGCCACGCGUGGUCCCUCUACACGGUCGGUGGGCGGGACCGUCGCGCCCCUGAGGCCUCAGAUCCCUUCCAGGACCAUGUCUGAUCCUCAUCUUGCCGCCCGACCGCCAGCAUCCGAAACGCAACGACCACUGUCCGUCUACGAGUCACCGACGGCCACAUACAUGUGGCCUCGCUUUGACCCGUCGUCCCAAGGCGUGUCUACUACCCGACCGUUGAUCUACGUGAAGUACAAACCGGGCCCCACGUCUUCCGACGAACGCGAGGAAGGCCCUUCUGGGUACCGCGGACGGAGCGCGAGCAGUGUUAGCGAAGGUUCGACCAGUAACCCAAGGAAGAGGGGCUCAUCAGCGGAGACGGGAUCUGAGUCCACCCCUCCUAGUCCUUCAGACAGGUUUCUCAAACAUCGGAGAUUGGCACCUCCCGAGCAGCCCUCCCACGUGGUAGAAACUACCGUCAAAGCUACUACUAGAGACCACGUGGCGGAUACUACUGUCAGAUCUACUGGGCUCUCUCCCGCAGUCUUCACCAACCAACGGGGACAGAGAAGCGAAACAGACCUGGAUAAAAGUUUCCACAGACUAGAUAUCGAGACUGACGAGAGCGAAGAGGAGAGCGACGAAUUGACAGAUCAAGGGCAAGCAUCGUCGACUGAUCAGGGUGACCAUGCGUCCGACGUUCUUCGUGGGAGCAAUCGAACUAUGACACGCAAUGCUACCCAGGAUCGGCGAAUCAGGGAGGAGUGGCUGCGGUACGCGGUGCCAGCAAAGCCUUCCAAAGAAGGUGCACAAUAUACAUGCCUGUGGAUGGUGAACAACGAUUUCGGCCUUCCAUGCCCCUGCGAAUAUACGUCUAAGCGGCACCUCGUGAAACGUCACAUCGAGUCUUUGCACUUGCUUUACAGGCCUUGCAAGUGCACCAUCUGCGGGAAGGGUUUCGCGCAAAAGAGUAACCUUGAGACCCAUAUGAACACACAUACCGGAGCAACCCCGCAUAAAUGUCCGUACCCCAACUGCAACGAGGCAUUCAAGGAUCCUGCCAGACGACAUCGCCACAUGAAGGCAGUGCACCAACACGUCUCGUCUAGAAGGAAAAAGCAGCCUGCAAAGGGGGGCUCUGCCCCGUCAUGACAGGCAAUGAGGCUGAUACGGAUAACUUAUUGUGGUGUCGCAUGAUCUCCCUGCCGUUGCACGGCGGUGCUGAGGUAAAAAUCCGAUGGCUCAUGGCUUCGGUCCUUCGAGAACUUUUUGUCUUUGUUAAUUCCGAAUCCGCGGAGGCGCCAGUGAGCGCCCGCACUUCUUUCGCGGGCCAUCGGCUCUGUGUAUACCCUUGUGACAUACUACUAUGUAGACACGUAUAUUCUGAUGCUUUGCUCUCCGCAUUUCUCAUCAUUCUUCAAGUGUAGUUAUCUGUGUAAU